AUGCCUAACCCUCCUUCCCCGCCGUCACCGUUAGCUUCGGGGAAGAAAAGACCUCAUCCAUCCGAAACAUCUCCUAAAUCCGACCCCACCAUCAACGCCUCGCGUGACGCCCACCCCUCCGCCUCAACCGCCGUACCGUCCACCUCACCUGCUCUUUCUACGGCGCAUUCCACAGCUACUGUCGCAUCAUCUUCCUCUUCAUCCUUUCGAAAUGUAUCCGCUUGUAAUCGCUGUCGUCUGCGAAAGAACCGUUGUGACCAACGUCUCCCGCGAUGCCAGUCUUGUGAAAAAGCUGGUGUCCGCUGUGUCGGAUAUGACCCUAUCACUAAGCGCGAAAUACCGCGUAGCUACGUAUAUUUCUUGGAAACCCGUGUCGCCUACCUAGAAAAGGAGCUUGCGGAGCAUAAUAUCGAGUUUAAGAAAGCUGUGGCUUUUGACGAGGAAGACGCAGUGAAGACCGAGGUUGAUGGAGAUGCGGCGCAUUCCUCUUCCGGUCAUGAUGGACAAUCAAGCGAAUCUACAGAGAAGGGAGGGAAAUCGAAGAAUGCCGGUUCCAAGGAUGAAAACAAAUUGGAGCAAAGAGCAGAUGCAGAACAAGCGCAGGACAAGGACCAAGAUACUGCGAAUCAGGAAAAUUGGAGGAUACACAAUUUGGUCUCAAAUAUUGGUAUGGUUUCUGUGCAAGGAACAUCGGAUCCACGAUAUCUUGGCUCAACGUCGGGUAUUUCAUUCGCGAGAGUUGUCUUUGCUGCUGUUCGAAGCUCUCUUCCGGGUAACAUGCCGGAGCGCGCUCCCAUUCGCACAAGUGAGCGCUUGCCACAGACAGCUGCAGCUGGACCAGGUGGUGGCACGAUGCGUGAUUCAUUUUUCGGGUUACAAACUCGGCCGAUGAUGAAGCGAGCGGCGUUUCCGGAACGGGAACUUGCAGAACGACUGGUCGACUUGUAUUUCGAACAUGCCAAUCCUCAGAUGCCCAUUCUUCAUCGUGGUGAGUUUAUGGAGCUUCUUGAUCGUACGUAUCUACUCGAAGAGAAGAACCGAUCUCCGCGUGCGCUUUACGUGCUUAAUAUCGUGUUUGCUAUCGGUGCCGGCAUUAUUUUCGAUGAUAAACCCCAGAAUUCUGAGGAUGACAAUCGCGCGGGUCGUGACCGGGCAACCUCGACUACUAAGAGACCCAGACUCUCAAGUCAUCAGUACCAACCGGAGGAGUAUCAUGCAUCUGCAAUUCUGCACUUGGAAUCGUUCCUCGGAUCUUCUUCGAGUGAAGGCUUUGGUGGUUUGGAAGAACUCCAAGCAGUACUUCUGCUAGCUAGCUUUGCUUUGCUACGUCCGGUUGCACCAGGACUCUGGUACAUCGUUGGUGUCGCAAUGCGCUUGGCAGUAGACCUGGGUCUACACUAUGAGGAUGGUGUCGGACUCGAGUCUAGCAAGGACGGAAACCAGGUUCAACCGCGCAUAGAUGCUCGCGAACGAGGACGAAGAGAGUGGGUACGGGAUCUGCGCCGCCGACUUUGGUGGUGUGUGUACAGUUUUGAUCGACUUGUUGCCACCUGUGUUGGACGGCCAUUUGGUAUCAGUGACCAGGCUAUCAGCACAGAAUUCCCGUCCAUGAUAGAUGACAAGUAUAUUACCAAGUCCGGACUUUUGACUCCUCCCGAGGGUGCCCCAACGUAUAAACAUGUGGCUUUCCACUAUUUCAAACUUCGCGUCCUGCAAUCCGAGAUCCACGACGUUCUCCAAUACCAGCAAACUCGCGCCGUGCGAAGACGCGCAACAGACAGUUCCAUUAUCCUCCCCCAUGCUGAACUUACAUCGCCUUUCUUACAAGGCUUUGACUCUUUCCGAUCAUGGCGCCAUGAUGUCCAUCGUCGUUUAGUGGAAUGGCAAGAGAGCGCCCCAACACGUCCUGAUACGGGCGUCCGGUUCUCAAUUGAGCUCUUAGAGUUGAAUUAUUGGCAAGCUAUCAUCUUGCUGUAUCAGCAAAGCUUGGCAGUCCCUGCAGAAUUGGCUGGGGAAUUGACCCCGGCUGACGAUGUGUCUAGCCCUUCAUUUUCCAAUGUUGAUGAGGGCGACGAAGAGGAUCAAGUUUAUCUGAAUGUGGCUGAGGCUGGUCAGAAGGUCAUUCGUAUUUAUCGACAGCUACACCGAGUGAAGCUUGUUAAUUAUACCUAUCUUGCUACCCAUCAUAUAUUCAUGGCUGGAAUCUCAUUUUUGUACUCGAUCUGGUAUUCGCCAUUGGUUCGCAGUCGUCUGACCCUCGACGAGGUGGACUUUACUGUUCUUGCAGCCACGUCUGUUCUGGGUGAUCUGAUGCACAAAUGUCCUCCAGCCGAAGCGUGUCGGGAUGCCUUCGAACGAAUGAGCAAAGCCACUGUGCAGAUGUGUUUAUCGACCACCGGAUUCGGAUCCCAAGUUGACAUGAGCCGCAUCAACACUUCAUCAUCACACGCAUCUGGAUCUCUUCACUCAGGCCGACGCCAACCCACAGAUCCGCGACGAGCAAGCCAAGGUCAACCACGCCGACCAAUGCAAACACGGGCAUCACGACCCAUGCCCAAAUUUGAUAUGAACUUAGCCGAGCUCUUCAGCGAUAAUACGCCUCUUGCCGACCGGUCAAGACCAGAGAAUCGAACAGCAGGACACCCUUACCCCAUUCGACCCGAGCACGGAGACCCCAUAUCAGGCGGUCUAACAGGUGAUCGUCCGGGACGCCCGUUUGUGCAACGUACCCCAUCCAUGGAGUAUUAUCUCAAGUACGAGAACCCAACAUCGCCGCAACAUCCCCAGCAAUUCUUUUACCCUACCUCCCCGCAACAUAGUGGCUCUCCUGGCAGUGUAGCACCUAACGCUGCAAAUGGUCCUCAUGGCAUGCCGCCCACGGAUCCCGAAGGGCAACAGGGCAUCAGUCUUGACUUCCUGGAUUUUGGAUCAACAGAUCCAGAUAAUCAGACACUCGAGACUGAUCCUAAUGGUGAUUUCAAUAUGGCUAAUAUGCCUCCACUUGGACCUAACCUAGGCCAAAACGUGGGUAUUGAUCUUGGUUUUGGUAUGGCAAUGGAUUUCCAACAUGAUUGGAGUGAAAAUCCCAACUAUGAUCUUCUGGAGGGUUAUUUCUUUGGUGGUUCUGGACCAGGCGCAUCAGGUGGUGAACCCUGA